UAAUAUGGAUUUCGCAAGGAAACCAAUGAUUUCCUGACACUUACGAAGCGUUGCCGCUUAGGGGCGAACGUGGAAAGCUGCUUGGAGUACCGGGGGAUUAAUCCGUGGCCACAGAGACGAUGGAAAAUGUAAAAUAACGGGAUGCAAGUUGUAGGAGUUGUAGUAAGUUUUCAAGAAACGGUUGUCUAUGGCGCCGGUUUGUUCUGGAAGCGCGAACUAAAGCGUGGGUCACCUACUUGACGGAUUCGACUGGGCAGCGUACGACACGAGACACGUAAAAUCGAGUGUUUAUAUUGGCAAAACCAAGUUUAAGGUUUCAAGGAUUAAGAUAUUUCCCGUUUUCUGUCGACUAAGGAGUAUAGUUUCUGGACUUAUCAAAUUAUCAUGCCUACUCUUAGCUCGAAAAGUAGGCAGAAUGCAGUCGACAUGGUUGAGGAUGGAGGCGGUAACAGCGAAUCUCUUCAUACUACGGCCAAAAAGAUGUUGAAAUGUGUUGUAGUCGGCGAUGGAGCGGUGGGGAAAACCUGUUUGCUGAUGAGUUACGCAAAUGAUGCUUUUCCUGAGGAAUAUGUACCAACUGUAUUUGAUCAUUAUGCAGUAAAUGUAACUGUAUCUGGGAGACAGCACUUGCUGGGAUUGUACGAUACUGCUGGACAGGAGGAUUACAACCAGCUGCGGCCCCUCUCCUACCCCAACACAGAUGUCUUUCUUAUCUGCUUCUCCGUCGUGAACCCAGCUUCCUAUCAUAAUGUGCAUGAAGAAUGGGUACAGGAGCUCAAGUCCUGCAUGCCUCACGUGCCCUACAUCCUUAUCGGAACACAGAUUGACUUGCGGGAUGACCCAAAGACACUGGCACGUCUGCUCCAGAUGAAGGAGAAGCCACUGACCUAUGAGCAAGGCCUCAAGCUUGCCAGAGAGAUUGGAGCCCAGUGCUAUCUGGAGUGUUCGGCUUUGACUCAGAAGGGACUAAAGACAGUGUUUGAUGAGGCCAUUCUGACUAUCUUCAGCCCUAAGAAACAAAAAAGAGGCUGUGCAGCCUGCAGAAGCUGUUGUGCUAUUGUGUGAGGGUUAGACAUCUCCAACUGUGAACACCCACCCUACUCCAGUCUGCUGCACAUCCUUCCUUUCUCCUUCCCACCUUCAUCUGCAGAGCUUGUCAUCCCUCAGGACAAUGAGUGGUCUUGCCCUCAGUAUAUGUGUCUCAUAGAGUGCUACACAGACAAUUGUUGGAAAAAGUCCAAAGAAAGUGCCUUAAUCUGCGACCAGUAUGCACACUCUUCUCAUGUUUCCUUACAAGAUUCCCAAGCCAAAGAAAUCUCAGACUGGACUUGCAGUUACUUGAACUGACGUGGAGCGACGCCUCCAAUUAAACAAACAUCUCAGAUUCAGCUCUGGGCCAUUGGAUUUUUUUUAAAUGUCUAUAUUAUAUGAUUUCUCAAGGCUUAUGAAAAGAAAAAUGAAAAUCCAUUCCUGUGUACAAGCUGGAUUUCUCUCAGUCACCUCAAAUCAAUAUUGUGCUCUUUCUUCAGUCAAUGCUUCAGCAGUUCAAGCUAGUUAAUAAAGGAAAUUCUCUGGAGGCUGGCCAACUCAUCAAUAGAGAGAGAGAGAGAGCUGUUACAGAGACCAGACAGAAAGAGAGAGAGAAAGAGCGAAGUGUAUCUUUACAGUUCAUUAGUCUUGUGGGUCAUUAAAAUUUAGCAACUUCAGUUACAAUACAAUACAAUAAACUGUAUGCUACAUUAAAGUGAAAGAGGGCUCAUUCUUCCUCUCUGUGGAGCAGGCUGGAUUCCAGUUGAAGCUUCUUUUUGAGUGUCAGGUGAUGUUUCUUUAGCCCACACCUCUGUGAAUCAGACUGCUUAAAACUUGCAUGUUACGACUGGUAGUUGUUAGAUAAUUAUAAAUAAUUGUAAAUGUCUAUGAUUUACCAUUGCAUUCAUGUCCAUAAUGGGCAACCUCUAAAAAACACUUAAAUAGAAAAUUUUGACGCAACGUCAGUAGACCUAAAUGUAAUGCUACGAUCAAAAUUUUUCUUGAUUAGUUAAUUGUGGCAGCUGUAAUCUUGAUUACUUAUUCGCUUAAUCACCAGCGCCGGAAAGAGUUUUGAAGCGUGUGGGGGGAGCAAAUUGGACUGGUUGUGACGUCAUCACAACAACAUUCAAUAUGUCCAAUAUAUAGUCAAUAUGGCCAAUAUAUAUAUAUAUAUAUAUAUAUAUAUAUAUAUAUAUAUAUAUAUAUAUAUAUAUAUAUAUAUAUAUAUAAAAAAUGAAUAUGGCCAAUUCAGAAUCACGGUGACUGACUAGUUAUUUAUCAACAUACACAGUUAGAAUGCUGAAGUAAUCUAACUAAAGAAAUUCAAAUCUGCUUCCGUGCUGACACAGAGAGAGGCUCCAUUAUAUUCACAGUUCACACAUACCUUUGGUGACAGUAGUGGAUUAAGGCAUGGGCAACAUGUGCAGUUGCCCAGGGCGGCAUCUUGCACCCACACAGACCCCCACCGGUCAACAACUUUGGGGGCGUGUUGAAGCGGGUUUCGCCCAAGGCACCAUACAACCACCUCCCCACCCCUGUCAACAACUUUGGGGGCGUGUUGAAGCGGGUUUCGCACAGGGCGCCAUACAAGCUAGAACCGCCACUGUUUGAUGAGGCAGCUGUCUUCGGUUUCGGAUACUACUGGAAAACUAUAUUGUUUCAACUGCGUGUUCUUCUGUGUGGGUCCCUCUUUUUUACGUGUCUAUUAAAUCAUUUGACAGUCGUUUUAUUGUAUAUUUUUAACAACAUUACACAAGCACAGUUUGCCCUGUGUUUUAUACCUUUUAAAGCAGCAUAUUGCAUUCGACAUUGUGUUACUUGAAGAGUUAAGUGUUAAAGUUAUUUCCUAAUCUCCAAUAAUAUGAUACAAAGCAAUAUUUGUUCAUUAUCCUACUUUGUCUAAUUCUGCUGACUUUAUGACUGAUCUUCGAUAUCAGUCUUGUCUUAUUGUCCCUCUUGAAAGAAGAAUAACAUGAAACCCACAGAGGUUUUAAAACACCAUUAUUUUACUUGAUAGGCUAGAUAACAUUGUGCAAACAGUUUAGAUUGAUAACAUUGUGCAAACAGUAUAUGAUCAUUCUACGACUAUCAUAUAAAUCAAAUCUUGCAAGUUAUAACUACUUACAUAAACAUCUGGACUUGUGUAUAACGGAACAUCUCCUCUUGGUUCAACACGUGUCUACAAACAACAUAGAAUGGCAGUGACAGCCAGCACGCCCUCAUCUACUUUCAUUAAUUUCUGGCUUUUUUUAUUCAAGUUCCAAGGUGUUUGUAGAUCAGUGGUUAUGGACUGAUAAGACGUUUGCAUUUUUUCACUUUUCUUGGUGCAAAGGGCAAAAUGGCAUGUUUACCUAUUUAAAUCAGAUGCUAAAACUACAUUGAAUUAUAGUCCUUACCAGGAAAAUACUUUAACAUCUGUUGUUUAACUGUUAUGAUUAUUUUGAUCAUUAUCAAGAAUAGGAAAGCGGUGACUCAAAUCAGCUAGUCACUCCUUUUCAGUCAGUUCCCAUGCUAUACUACUAUUAAUGUGUGCACCAGAAAUGUGCAUAUUUUUAUUUCAGCCGCAGUUCAGUUGAGGUGUAGGCUAAAAGUGGGGGGGCCCUCAUUGCUGUGGGUAUCAAAUCUCUUAAACUCUCAUACUCCACAAUAUUAAUCAGCCGGCAGACUGUGGCUAUCCGCUUUGUUAUAGCAAUUGUGAAGCCACGUUCAUAAUUCACGCUAGGGCGUGACCACUUUUAACUACAUAUGAAAAGGGCUUGUAAAAAAACGUCUUAUUCUGCAUUUACGUGAUAGUUAAGACUUUAUGUGCUUCUGUGGUACUUGUGCCUUACAGAGGCAGCAAAGUACUCGAUUUCUGACACAUCUGGAAUUGUUUUGUACAACAAAUAGCAAUAAGAGGUCCUUUCGCCAUCAUUUGAUCACUGACAUGGCUGUUGUGAAGUGUGCAUCAGUCUAAUGACUCAAGGUGGACAGAAUGCAAAGGUUCCACCCUUUUCCGACCAGUGUUUAUGCUGGUUUAUGCUUUAUUAAUGGUAAAUGCGUUAAUUGCGUUAAACGUUUUAAAUGAAUCAUUUUCAUUAACACUUUGAUUUGCUCUAAUUUGUAUAUAUCUGAAUAUUUAGCAAUAAAUGUAAAAUAUAUUCAUUCUAUACUUCAACAACUUUAAAUCAAUAGUUUUAUAUUUUUCCAUAGUUUUUAAUUUGAUUGUCUUUUGCAAUGCUUUGUGGGAUUGUAGUUCAAUCCUGUCGCUUUGUCUUUUUUAUCUAUUUUGAAAUACUUUUUUCCUUGAAAUCAAAGUGUGAAGGGCAAAGGAUUUUAUGAAAUCCCUAUGGAAAAAAUACUUCUAUCAGAAAAGGCUCGAUUAUUGGGAUUAAUGUAAAUGUAGGAAUACUUGUAUCAUUUGGCAUAAGCCCCAUCCUACGGUUCAGCGCAUGCUUGAACCGUCAGAUCCUGCCAGAAGCGAUGACGACAGGGGAGCUGAGCCUACCCCUGUCCAGAACGGGACCUAAACCUGUGGUGAUGGGGUGGAGGGGGGUAGAAACAACAGAAGUAUGAUACAAUGAGAGACAGCUGAGCAGCUUAUAAAAUGAAGGCUGUAUUGUGAUUGGAUGGGAUAGACAGAAUGAAUCCAGAGAUCUUCAAGCUAGAACUACACUUACGCAUACAUUUCCAGAUACCAAGAUGGCUGAAAAAAUGCGUGGGAACAUUUUUGCUUUCUAUUGUGCUGACCUAAUAACUACAUUAAGAAAACAAAGUCUGUUAGUUACAUGAAAGGAUUAAGGGGAAAUGCAUCUUGUGGCAUUGGAUUGCCCCAUUAAUUAUUUGCAUUUCCUUGUGUUAUCAAAAAUACAAGGCUCUAAAGUGUACUAAGUGGCUUUUUGCAAGCUCCAUCAGACCACUAUUUUUGAAGGACAUAGGUGUAGUACAAUGACGUCAUUUAAUGGUGCUGUCAUUAUUUUAUUUUUUCAAGAGAAUUACAAUUUUAUGAUGCUGUCUUUUCAAAUGCAUCUGCCUACACACAUCUGUAAAAAAUACUCUCAUUUUCCAUUUUUCAAAAUGAGUCAACCCUGCUGAACAAAAAAAGCACCCAUAUCACUCACUAUUUCAGCUGACGUACUCAUGUGUUUACCAAGGACCAGGCCUAUACACUGUCUAACUGUUCUGUUUUGCCUCUGGCCAAAGCCACCCCCUUGUUUUGCCCUUUAAAGAACAGCACAAACACAAAUGGCUUUGUCCUCAGACUUGUUUUUUUCCUCUAAGGCCUAUUGUAGUGGUCAUAGACUGCACCACUGAUCAUGGACUCUUAGCAGUCUCUUAAAGUCUAUGUAUGUAUUUGCCCUAAAUAUGUGUGCAUUUCAAAAUGUUCCCUACUGUAUUUGGGUACAGUGUGUAAAAUGGAAUGGAUAAUAUUUUUGUUUUGGACUUUGUAGAGUGACAGAAAAAUGUAUAUCUGAUUGCAUCUCAGAUUGUGCUGUGAACUUCCAUAUGUGGACAUCUGUGGACCUUAAAGAUAAUAAGCAUCUGCCAAAGCAAUUAACUCAAAACAUUGCAGUCCAGGACUCCAAAUGAUCACUUUAACCAAGUGCUGUCCAGUAAGUACUAAGCUAUAGUUCUCAGAUGACCUUGUUAAUGGACACCAGAACUGGUACUGGUUUCUUGUGACUGCUCUUCCCAUCAGUUGGAUCUUUAGUUUGACCUCAGGGACUUCUUUUUGGAGUUCACAGGGUGCUAGCGACUCUACUCGGAAUGAGGAAUCCACCCUGCUCCACAGAGAGGAAGAAUGAGCCUUCUUUUAUUUUAAUGUAGCAUGGAGUUUGUUUCUUCACACAGUUAAAGUGCACUUACAACACUGUGCCUUGCAUUGUGCUAUGCAAUGGUUUAUAUACUGUAACCCCCCCCCCCCCAAAAAAAGACCAGUUUUCAGUCACUGGUCACAAGAGCUAUAACUUGACCUCAAUCUUGAAUUCAGUGGUUAACUUGCAUUUAAUUCUUUAAUAAACCUUUUCUUUAAAUUUAAUGUAUUGAUUUAUAUACGACAGAAACACAACAGCUUUCUUUGCCAAAAUUAAAAAUGUUUUGUAAAUUUACAUGGAGUGAUUAAAGCUUGUGAUCAAACCUCAUUUGCAGACUCUCUUUGAAAUAUUAAUUAAUGAGAGGUUUGGCAACUCAUAAAAUAUUAAUUGCCCUAAGAAUACUCAAUGAGCAAUGUACCCAGGAAGGUUCAUUUUUAAGGCAUUUGUACUGCAAUCCUUUUUGAUGGAUUUCGUUCUUCAUGUAGUUUGUGGAAUAAUCUUUUCCGUCAUAACAUUUAUUUUGACUAUCAAAACGAGUUGGGGAAAAAAUGGUUGGUUGUCGAAUCUAAACCUGUCAAAGACCCCAUGAAAUGGCUUGAGGAGUGGAGUUUUUUUGUUCAGUUUACACAUUUCCUACUGAAAAAUUGUCCAGAACAUCAAAGGGCUCACCUUCUUUUUAAACGGGCAAUACGCUUUAUUUACAUCACAAGUAUGAACCAUGAUUGUUUAUUUGCCAGCUGGAUUGCUUGUUUCAGGAGGACAUUCUCAUACUAGAGAAAAUUUGAUUGGACAAAAAUCUGGGUAGUGAAAAUAUAUUUCCAUUUUCCCACAGGAGAAAGACUACAUUUAAUAUGUAUAUAUGUUUUAGGAGCAAAAUAGUUGGCUUCAAAGCUAAUAGGCAUGCACUAAAAGCCACAAAACUUAUUUUUGAUUUUAUGAGGUCUUUAAGUGUUGAUUGUAAAUUACUAAACAUCAUCUCAGAGUGAAAGGGGACAGCCAGAUGAGGCAUGAGGUGAAAUACUUGUGUAAGAGUCUAUCCUCCACAGACUCAACUUGGCCAACGUAUACAAAUAAAAGUUCAAUACAUAAUUGUUUUUUCAGCGUCCAUCUUUUAUGCGGAAAAAGACAAACCUUAUUCACAAAACCUGACAACAGAAUUUCUCCUUGUGCAUUGCGUUCAGACGGUUUUAUAUUUAAGUUCGACUCCACUGUAAACACCAAUACUUAUCUAAUAGUUAUCCCAAAUUGUAAAAAAAUAAAAUUAAUUAAUCUACUAUUCUUACUAGUUUUAUUUAAGUUACCUUUACUCUCUAAACCCUAAAGUUGUCAUUAAUAAAAACUUUUAAGUGGUUGUAAUUAAACAGUACUCGAAAUUUCACAUUUUUGAAUUCAUAACUCAAAUAUAUACGUUCUUAAACAUUAGCUUCGAGUACUACAAACUCAAAAUUAUCAAGUACAAAUUUGCGGCUGUGUGGAAUACCCGUAAGCAGUUGCGCUUGAAUAAAUUAUGUAUGCUUGGUCAAGUCAAGGGAACUUAUGUAGAAAUAAAAUAAUUAUUAAAAAAAUUAGUUAUUAGUUUUAGUUCUUAUGACAAUUGCUGUUUUGUUGUAGCUGGUUGAUUGUUAUGAUUUGUGUGAAGUCACCAUGAAGGUGGUUGGUUUUACCUCUGGUGAACUUAGAGCCUGUUCAUUUUAGGGCAUUCUUCUUUACUCAAUCAAAUUUAUGUGCACUAAGAAGUACUGAGGAGAACCCAGUUCGUAGUACGGCUAACCAAAAUUCCACUCAUAAUUUCCCUGAUACUGUAUAAAACAUGUUAUAACUCAAUUUAAAUAAAUACUUUAAUACGUUACUCACAGAUGAGUUAAGUUUACUUGUAACUAGUUAACUGUACUUAAAUAGUUAAGUUCAAUUCACUUUACGAAUUACAAUGUUUACUUAGAUUUUUAAGGCAAUCGGUUUGCAUAAUUUUUCCAAGUAAGGUCAACUCAUAAAAUAUUACAGUAUUGGCACCUACAGAUAUCCUUUCACAGAAAGCUCUAAAUCCAGAUGUAUAGCACAGAAUGUCUGGAGUGGAACCCGUUUUGUUCAGAGUAAGUGUUACUUUCUCUUGGUCACACCAAAAAUCAACCCCUAAUUUUGGACCACUGGUUUAAUCCACAUCUGUACUGAUUGUUGAAUAUCCAGUUACCAAAUGCAUGCAUAAAUACUGAAUCUUAAAUCUAAGUUUUAUCUGCAUUAUGCACACCGCAAAUACUUUUUUUCUUCAUGUUAUUGGUGACGAAAUCUACAAAUGAAUGUUUAUAAGAGGUGGAUUCUCAUUGCAUAUCGUUAGAACAGCGGGACAUGGUCUCUCACAUUGCUUGAUAUUUUAAUCUUCUCUUUUCAAAUAAACUGUUAACCUUGCAUCACACUCAUCUCAGUGUUUGCCUCUACUAUGUCUGAUGGAAUGAGCCUUCUGCCCUCUACUGGAUUUAAACUGCACAUUAAUGCUCUUUUUACAAGCCUUCCCAUUUCCUCAAUACAGAGCUCACAAAAUCUGUACAAAAAUACAUUCAUAUAUGAAGAAAUUUCAUGGCAUCAUAGAUCAAAGGUAUAUGAUUAGUCUCUUUUUAUAGGAUGAUAAAUGUGCUUUUUAAGGGAUAAUUCACCUAAAAAAUUAUUCCAGGUGUGUAUCAAUCAGCUCCAGUAUAUUGUGAACGCGAAUUCAGGCGCUGGCAAAGGUAUUGAUCCACUGAGCUGUGGGAAAGUUACCUGUGACACGAUUACGAGGUCGCGCUUUAACAUCCUGAGACUCAAGCAUGACUGCUCUGUGCAUUUUCCAUUCCCUUUUUUGAUUUGUAACUAGUAGCGCUUAAGUAACAUUUUUUAGACCAAAUUGUUUUCCUAAAAAUGUAUGUCUAUAUAUGUGGACAGCGGGACUAAGUUGUGACAUUUAAAAUAAGCUAUAGAAAGUCAGAUUUGUUUUAUUUUUAUUCAAAUGUUAUGUUUCCAGGAGUGUUGGUUAUUCAUGUUUUUGAGGCGUUACAGACAUUACAUCAGAAAUUAGCAUAAAUAAUUCUUAUUCAAAGUAAUGGCCAGCAUCAUCCAAUCACUGCCAACCAUGUUAAAAUAACAUUUUGCAUGAGAAAUUCUGAAUCUAUGUACUGAUUACCAUUGUCCUAUGUCAUCUGCAGCCCGAAACUGAACUUUUGACCGGAUGUUUGGAGUAAAUGCACUUGGCUACAUAGGAAAGCUAUAGGAUGCUCCCUUGCUCCCCAAUUAGGGAAUGAAUUAACCUUUAGUGUGCUGUCUGUCUGCACUGGUCUCAGAACAGUUUGAAAUGCACCUUAUUAUCAUCCUAACUCCGUAUAAAGCCUCUUAAAGCAACAUUUUCCACCUUCGGGGUGCCUUCAUUGAUUCUCAAUGUGAUAAUGCACAGUGAAUAUAGGACAUUUUAAGGAAAAUGAGCCUAUAGUCCACGUGCGUGGUCGUGUUUAACAUCAUGCCAUUUCAUGAUAAAUCAAUGAAAUUUUUAAAAUAGCAUAUUGGAUGAAACUAGAGACUAAUUUUUUGACUCAAACAGGUUUUAAAGUAAAAAACUUAAUGAGGUUUCUUGCCAUUUCUCCCAAAGACAAACUCAGCUGAGAUCGGCACCAUGUUGUUUAGUCACAUGACACCGUGCUUUGAAAGUUUAACCCUUUAAUGACAGCCUAGAUUCCCCUGAACUGAGAUCAGUUGGUUGAAAUGAAAUUAUGCAUAGCUUAUAGCGAAGCCAAAACAAAAUGUCCAUGCAUGUGGAUGCAGGGUCUCAGGAGGUUAAAUGCAGCUGGUAUUAAUCAGCAUCAUUACUAUAUUAAUAACACUAUUGUGCAUUUUCAUUGUAAAUAUUAAAACCUACAGUGUUAAUAUGAAAGAUAACUGACAUAAAUGAAGAAAUAAAUAUACAAAAGAGAGCAUGUUUAAUCUUUUUUUCUCAAAUUAUAUAAAAUAUUGUUUCCCUUUCAUGAACAUUAUGGAUGAAAGAUAAUUCUCUUUUAAAGAGAAAUUAAGGCUUUGACAUCAUAUAUUUACACUUACGCUCCUCCUCUAACCACUUGACACUUUGCAGUGUUCGAUGCUCCCUGGUUUUACGGUGCAUUCUGGGAAUAUUUUAGGGAGCGAACGUUUCAGUGCACUGGAACGAUUUUGCUAUUGGGACAACCCUAGAAAUGGCCGACUCCCUGGUCAGCGCCCUGACUAAUGAACUAGGUAGCUGAUUGAGAUGCACCCUCUGUCAUUAUUUACCCACUCUCAUGCUGCUCCAAAACCUGUAAGAUUUUCUUUCUUCUCUGGAAUGGUUAGAAUGGUGACGGAGAAUGUCAUUCUGCCCAAAAUCAGGUCUGAAACACAUGAGGGUGAGUAAAUGAUGAUGACAAUUUUCAUUUUUUGGGGGGUUAACAUUUCUAGUUCUAGAGCAAACCUAGAAAAAUAUCUUGGACUGAAAUUUAGCAAAUAAAACAAUGUAUCACAAAAAAAAAAAAAAAAAAAAAAAAAAAAACAGGUUUAUUAUCUCUUUCUUUUUUUAAAUAAUUAGAUUUAUUCUAUUCAUCAAACCCUUUCUUUUAAAUUUUUAUAUAUCCAAAUUGGCCUCAUAAAACACGGCUUGGGAAGAGUUAAAACAAGGAUAGAGAAAGAGAAACACAUGAUUGAGUCAAAAAUAAGAUAUAAUAAAAUACAUCCUCCUCACAUGUAAAAUCCACAACCACGAUUGUUGGGACUUCAAAAACAGAAGAGAAGAAAAGGGGUGAAGUCCCAUGAGAACAACUAUUAGCUAACUUGAAGUGCUUUUUAGUUCUAGCCUGCCCUGGUGGCUGGCAUUUCAGAAGAGAGAUUACAACCUACUGGAACAGCUUUUACAUACAUAGGCCAUAAAAACCCCAACAUGAGCAGGAUUUCAUUUUAAACACUAAAAAAAGAAAAACCUUGUCUCGCUCAACUCAAUCAUACAGAUGGCAUCCAACCAUUGUGAAAUCCAAACUAAUAGAGCUGAGCAGUGGAAAUCUGGGUGGCCCAUGAAAAGCAGUCCAGAAUAUUCUUUACGAAAAAUGUCACUUAACAACACUGGAUGAGUUCUGAACACUGUGUGCCACCAAAAUUCCAUGAGUUCUUUCAAGUGUCGGAGAAACUGAGCUGGUCUGAAGCCAUAUGGACAAUUGCACUGCCACUCUUUGCAACUAGUAAAUUUCCACACUGGAAUUCCCAAGAGGUCUCCACAGCAGAGAGCAAAAAGCCAUAACCAGAUCAUUACCUGGUUCACAUGUUAAAAAAAUAAAGGUCCUCAGAAAGGUUUGUCCUCUAAUUUGAGCACAGGUAACCACCAUAGCCUACUGUGGCCAAUCAGGUACAUUAUGAUUCCUGAUCAGUGGUGCCAAUUGCAAACAAGCACUUGUCCAUACUGUACAAUGGAGGACUGGGCUGAUCAGACAUUCUGAACAUCCUGUUAAAAAAAAUUACACACCACAGAGAUGAUGUAUGAGGGUUUUUUUUUUCUUCUCGCUCCUGUUAUUUACGUCUUUGUUCUUAUCUGCUUUGUGUACGGGGUGUCUGGCUUGUGUCACCAGUGCCAGGGGUGUCAAAUUUCAUAUAGAAGGGAAAAGUCUCUAGUUGUGGGGAAAUAAAGAUGCAUGGUGGAGGUGGGCUCCUCACAUUA